CACGAUAUUCUGAAACGGGUGUCCACAGAUACUAGCAUUACUGGUCUCGAUGUAGCUCAAUACAAGCACACUGUCAAGCUCCUUGUCGAACGUUGCGCCUCCGUUCUCUUCGACGAAGCCUUCGGUCAGGAACUCCUCACACGUCUGGUUGUUUCCAUGGAGACUGUCUCCUCACAGAGCUCGAUCGCUGAGGUGGUUAAUGAGGAGAUAAUUCGAGAUCUUCGAAUUCUUCUUGCACUCUCGGUGUACCACAAGGAUAUACUGCCUGCAGAUGACAUGUUCCAGUACGUGAAUAGUGUACUAUGCAAUCAUAGAGGCAAUUCGAUUCCUGAUGUUUCUCCAAAGAGUACUUCGGCUCAAGACCCAUGUACUCCUGUGGAGCUUUGUUUACAAAUCCUAUGUUGUCUACUCGGUGGGGGUCCUAUUUACGGUCCAAAAGACGCUGGAGGCAGUGGUGCCACACUCGAUCAACAAACCGCCGAUUUCCAGGCGACACUGGAGGACACCACCGAGGGAGGUGAUGGUGACAAACGCUCCAAGCGUCAUCGUACUGCCCGCAGUGCUCUUGCGUAUCCCUUCUACUCGGGAAGUGGAGAGCAAUUGUAUGAGCAAGCUAAUCAGAUCCUACCUCUACUAGUCCAUUUCUGUACAACGGGGUUGACGGCAGAUUAUCCGCCAGUUCCCGUGAUUGUUGAGUCAAAGAAAGGCAGUGCUUCGAAUGCGAAUUCGGGCAAAUCGAAAAAUCAUCAUAAAUUCGAAGACUGGGUUUAG